AAAUAUAGAAUCAAUGAGACGAAGGGAACAGGACUGGAAUAUCUGUAUCUGGACUCCAGGUCACAAGGAUGGCAAGUCAGCAAAUUCCUCAUUAACAUGACUCAGAGUGCUCUGGGGCAAGUGCUACAGCAGCUGUAUACGUCUUAUAAAAACAACAGCACAGCAUACAUGAUAUACAACGAUGCCCCUCCAGGAGCAAACAACUUUUCCACACACUAUGGUCACACUAAGGGAACUCUAUUUUUUGACCAGCACCAGGGAUUCUGGCUAAUCCACAGCAUACCUCACUUCCCCCCAUUCCCAGAAGAUGGCUUUGAUUAUCCCGAUACUGGUAAACUCUUUGGCCAGACAGCCAUCUGUGUGACCUACAAAUAUUUUCAGUUUAAACAAAUUACUACCCAACUUCUGUACUACAACCCAAAUGUUUACAACUGCUCCAUCCCCGACCUGUACCAGGAAGAUCUAUGGGGCCUGUGUACCAUAUGUCAAGGCAAGCGGUUUCCUUGGGUAGACACAACAAGGAUUGCAGUGCUGAGAUCAGCAGAAGGAGAAUUGUUUUUGAAUUUUGCUAAAUCCAAGUACUUUGUGGAUGAUAUCUUCACGGCCUGGAUGGCUCAAGUGCUGAAUUCAGACUUACUGACGGAAACAUGGCAACCAAAGGGGAAAGAGCUUCCAUCGAACUGUUCUCUGCCAUGGCAUGUCUACAACAUACGGAGGAUCUCCCUGCCAAACCUUUCCUUCUACUCUCAUAAUGAUCAUUCAAAGUGGUGUGUUUCUGAGAUGUACAGUAGGAGUUGGAUAUGCAUUGGAGACCUGAAUCGCUAUCCUGAGCAGAAAUGGAGAAGUGGAGGCUUCAUUUGCACCCAGAAGGAGCUCAUAUUUAGAGCAUUUAGGAGUAUGGUUGCUUACUACACUGAAUGCAAAUAG